AUGAAAAGAACAGAAACUUCCCAAGAACCUGAAACUGGCCAAGCUCGACUGAGUGUAGAAACCGAAACAGCACCAAAAGAAACUUUGAAAACUGAAGACGUAGCUCUUCAGUCCAUAACUCUGGCCCAAACUGAGCGGAAAUCCAGUCCUCCCAGUGCACAAUCUGAAUCCUUAAUGAACCGCGAGAAACUGCACCAAGCAAAACACAAGAAAACCACCCAGCUGCCUUGGAAUCUGACCAAACUGAACAAGAACUUUGAUGCAAUAACUGAUGCUGGAGCAGGAGGGUCAGUUUCUCUACAAUUAUUGGCAGAUGGUUAUACUCAGUUUACACCUCAUUGUAUAACUUGGUACUGCCCACAGGCAUUCACCAUAAGCAAACAGUGUAAGUCCCAAUGUAUCAACCAUGGAAGAUAUUGUGCUCCGGACCCCGAACAAGAUUUCAGCUCUGGUUAUGACGGAAAAGAUGUAGUUCUUGAGAACUUGAGGCAGCUAUGUGUGUUUAAAGUGGCCAACGAGAAUAAAAAGCCAUGGGUUUGGUGGGAUUAUGUUACUGAUUUUCAAAUAAGAUGCCCCAUGAAGGAAAAGAAAUACAACAAGGAAUGUGCUGAGGGUGUUAUCAGUUCCUUAGGACUUGAUCUGAAAAAGAUCGAAAAGUGCAUGGGUGAUCCUAAUACUGACUCAGACAAUCCCGUUCUGAAAGAAGAGCAAGAUGCUCAGAUUGGGAAAGGAUCUCGUGGUGAUGUAACCAUAUUGCCCACCCUCGUUGUCAAUAAUCGUCAAUAUCGAGGGAAGUUGGAGAAAGGAGCUGUUUUAAAGGCUAUUUGUGCUGGUUUUGAGGAAACUACAGAGCCAUCCGUUUGUUUGAGUGGUGACGAGCUAUUGAGUGGCUCAUACGGAAGUAACGGAACCCUACACGACUUGCCACAUCACUCGCCUCUUGGGCGAGCCGAUCCUGCUCGGCUUAUAUUGAUGAAUGUAAAGAAAAGAAAACUUGCCAAUGCCCUGAAUGUAGCUGCAACUGCAAGAAUACAUCGUAAGAGAGCUACUGAAGUAAAAUCUGCUUGGGCAGUCAGUGGCGGACCCAAUGAAGGCCCAAUGCAGGCAUCUGCCUGCACUGGACUUGGGUCACCCCAUUUAGUGGUUGGUGUUGCUUGGCUAGCUGAAGCUGAAGGUUUUUCCAUUCUCUGCCUGAAGAUCGGUGUGCAUGUUAUCUCUGGUUAUGCUCUACAGUUUUCAUCUUCAUCCUUUGAAGGUUGCCCUUCUAAUACAAAAACUGAGGUUCGUUUCCUGCUCUCCUCAUUGGCUCAUCCGUCUUCUCCUGGCAACAAAACUAGCACCACCAGUAGGGGCAGCAACUGCUACUGCAGCACCAGCUCCAACGUUCGUGACAAGGUACUCAAUGUUUGGUUGUUGGUGGAGCGUAGCAAAAAGGAUUGGCCAGUACAAUUUGAGCUAAAUUGA